AUGUACUCUAUCCGCGAGUCUCGCAGACUCACGUCAUGGGUAACUGACCGACCAACCAACCGUUCUUCAUUUCGCGAUACGCUCCAAGAACGCACACCAACAAGCCAAGCGACCAUGAGCAGCCAGAGUGUCCUCUACCCGCCGAACGCCAGCCACCUGACCAGCGAAGUCAUUCGCAACGUGACGGAGCGCAGCACGCCCAAGUUCGAUGGCGUCGGCAUGACAGCAAGUCACAGCGUACUGCACGUGCACGGCCUCUCCACAACAGUCAGCACCACGAUCUCAAGCCCUCAGUAUGUCCGGCUGACCGACUCCCACGCGCCAGUCAGGUCCACGCCCCAAGCAGUGGCGCUCGCGGGAGCCCCCUCAGCUCCUGGGGGGUUUCUCCCUGCUGUGGGUUGCACCACAACGACGGCCGGCCUUCCUACCACAUCCACACGCCCGCAGGCCGCAUCGGCGCAAGCAAAGGACGAGGAUGCCGCGACGAUCGAAGCUCGACGACAACGCCACCGGGUGCACCAAGAGCGGUACCGGAGGAAGCUGCGCCUCAACCUCCAAGAACACCAACAGAGCAUCCAAGAUCUCCACGAAGAGAUUCAGUGGCUAGAGCUGCAGAGGCAGAUCACGGCGCUCUACGCUUCCAUGGGCGUGGACGCCCUACUGGAGAACUGGCGGUACCUGAGUCUCGGGCUCAAAGGCGCUGACAUUCAGCUAGAAUGUCUAGAGAAUGGAGUUGGGGGAUCUGUAAUCGCAACGAGCUCGACGACAUUCACUGUGACGGAGAACACACUACGCAUGGUGUUUCCCCACUUGCUGGAGUGCGAUGAGGGUGGGAGGCUGCACCCUAUCGCAACGAAACUACUGGGCCAACAGCUUUCGGUAAAAUCGUCAGCGGAAUUCCAGUGGGACGACGAGCGAGGACAAAUGUCCAGCAUCCAGUUGACGCCCGACUUUUUCACGCCGCUGCUUCGUAUCCUGGGAGCCCUGGAGGACGUGGCGUUCGUGUUUAGCAAGGCGCGCAUGACCUCCGAGUGCAAAGCUGUAUGCUAA